UUCAUGGUAGAGAAACUUUGUUAUGCAACUCAUAUGUUCUAAACCGCAUUAACAUCUGUUACAUGUCCAUCGAUUUAGCCACAUUUCCCACUCGCAUCUUGGUCAUAACUGGACCUCAAAUAUGCAGGCUUCAAUUAGACUCGCAUGAAGGAAUCGUUGAAGUAUUUUAGAUGGCAGAUUUUAUAGUUUGGUAAACUGAAAGUCACAGCAUUAUUGAAUUUCCACGUGCAAGCUAAUCUACAAACUUCCAGUUGGCUUGGCUUCUAGAGCAAGAGGCGUAUGUAUGUGUAAGUUGUAAGCUGUGGGUUUUUUUUUUUCUUUGGCAAUGACAAUGGCAAUGGCAAUGGUAAUGGCCUUGAAUGUGCACACACAUAUAAAAAUUAAAUGUUUGAAAGUUAUUAAAAGGUCGCGCGAAUGGAAUUCGUACAUAUGUAUGUAUGUAUGUAUAUAUAAAACAAUUUGUGGUUAACCUUUAGUUGUAGUAAUGCGAUGCCUACUAAUCAAAAUGAGGUGAUAAUAUGUCUAGUUUUGUGUAAAUAUUUCAAUGUGCCUAACUUCAACAACGGAAACAAUGAAAACUGAAACCCAAAAUAAAAAAAACAUAAAUAAAAAGUACUUUUAAUAGACUCAUCUUUGCACUUUUCCAAUGACCCCAACCACGCAAAUCGAAUCGAGAGUUCCAAUUUUUGUUAAUCCAUUGCAGAACGAUGUAGCGCACUAUCGGGCAUUCCCGGUACCCCGACCACAGCCACGUCCUUUACACUGCCAUCCAAUCCAUAUGAAGUGGACUUGCCACAGCCGCUCGUCGAUCGAUCCGUCUCUCUAAUGCGUUGGAACAGCACCAGCGGCAGCGGCAGCGGUAAUAGCAACAGCAACAGCACAAAUAACAGCCUCAUCCGACUGCAGCAACCAUUGCAGUCGCAGCUUGGCCAACAGCAGCAGCAGCAACAGCAGCAGCAGCAUCAGCAGCAACAUGCCUACUUCUACCAGCAACAGCAGCAACAACAAACGUGCAGUGCGACGAGCACUUUGCUAACAGCUGCCGCAGCGGCAACGCGGCAAGGCAACUUUGGUGGCGGUGGCAACGCUGGAACAACUCGAGCUGAGCCCAUUUCAUUGGCAACCCUGGACCGAGACUGUUUCAUCAUUCCAGUGCAUAGUGUUGAUCGCUUUCUACCAGCUGGCAUUCCCCUGCCUGCUCUGAAUGCCGAAGGUAAAGCAACCAGUCCGCUAAGUGUGUUGGAAGUCUCAGAUCCCAAACUAUGUAUACUUGUGCAUCUUAUGAGUCCUCUUGAAGCCAUUGAUCCCGUUAUGGAAUCGCCGCUCUCACAUCCACUUCUCAAGCAACGCGCCAUCGCCGCUGAGCUGCUAACGGAAGUGCAACAGGCCAACACAGCUGUCGGCGGCAUGAUUCUGGCCAACAUGGAGAAAAGCUCCGAAUUUCCAUUUAUCUCGUAUUAUCUUAUUAAUACGAUGCAAACGGAUCCAUCGAAUUUUUACUCCAGCCUGCGCGUCUCGUCGCUUUCCAAAUUCGAGCCCAAAACACUCAAAUACACUGCCGCCCACACGCUGGACCUUUACAGCGAGGUAGCCGCCAUUUGCCGACCACCGUUGGUUUUGCCCUCGAAUGAGGCUGGCAGCUUUAAGAAAUCGCAGACAUCGGCCACCGGCUACAUUAUCAGCGUAUUCAAGGUUUUUGAAGGCGACGACGGCGAGCGAUUCGAAAAGAAUUGGCUUUAUUGGACUGGCGCUCGUAUGCUGUACAGAUAUUUGCCACGUGCUGCGGGCUUGCGACGAAUUGCUUUGCACAAAAGUACCUCACAGAAGGGGGACAAAAUGUAUCUGUUGGUCUGCGAGUGUGCGGACCUAUUGAAGGAUAUAUCGUUGGCCGCUUUUUUGAUACCCGCACUGCGAGCUCGGCUCUGCGGCUAUACAGGACUCUAUCGACCAAUACAGACUUUCUAGAGCAGAUCUAUAGCUAUAUCGAUAAUUAUAACUAUAUUUUUCUAUGCUGUAAAUAGUUGAAGACUAGAGUAAAGAGAGAGAGCACGAUAAAUGCUAAAGCUGCAAGUUAGGUGAUUCGAUUUUAAACUACUUAAUAUCUAUACAUACUUGCAUUGGGCAACACACAAUAACUUUGACUCUUAUAGGCACAGAUACAAACACACUUACACUCAGAGACAGGCAAUAUCAUUAGCAAGUAGACAAUAUACUCAAGGUAACUCAUAUCGUAUUUGUUAACAAAUUUUCUACAUAUAGGCGAUAUCAAAUAAUAGGACCAUAUCUAGAAUGAAAUGUUAAAGCAACUUCCAUUUUUAGCCUGUGCAUAUAGAUUUUCGAGAUUCAAAAAUACUAUAUAUUAUAGCCAAGUUACGCUGAAUUUUUAAUAAACUUAUUAAUACAAUUGCGCUGAAAUGUAGGCUAUGAAAAUUACAUGUCAAUUCUUAACUACAACAUAUGCUCACCUCACACACACAAACAGAGAUGUACUUGCAUAUAUACAAAAUAUAUAGAAAAAAGCAACCACAUUUAAUGGGUUCAAAAACUAAUCACAAUUAAGUGCUGCAUAUAUGGUAAAUAUAAAUGUGAAAACAUUGCCCAAAUCUAACAAAAAUCUGCCAACAAAUCGAUAAUUAAAGUAAUGAUAAAAAUAAUAAACAGCUCUAUUUAACAUCAUAGCCAGUUCAAUUUAUUAAAAGCAAGCCAAAUAUUAAUAAUACGAGUAUAGAAUUCUAUAAUUUUUUAUCAAAUUACCUAAGUCUAAGUCUCUCACUUUCGUACCAAUUCCUCGAGCAUACUUUAGAUAAAUAAUUAUUGAAUAGCUUUUUAUUUCAAUUUUUAAAACAUCCUGAAAGUAUGCUAAGCUUUUGUUCAAUCGAAUUUCUAAGUAAAUUUUGAAUCAGGCUUAUAAUAAACAACAGAUAAAAGAGAGUAGCUUAGUUGUUUUUUAACCAUAAGUGAUGGACUGUAAAUACCUUAGUUUGACAUGUUUUUCUACUUUGUUCGAGAAAUUUAGUUUUGCACAACAAAAAGAAAAUCAAAAAGUGCUGUGAUAAUUAACAACAUGAUUCGAUGAGAUGUGUAAAAGAUGCGAAUGCAUUCAAUUGGAGCAGAAUCAAACACAAUAAUAACAAUAAUUACUAAUUUACACUAUUUAACUAACAUUUUAAGUUUUAUUUUUACAAACAAAUAAUGUAAUUUAUGAAUUCCUCACACAGAAACCGCAAUGAU